UUUUUGUGUUUCCCGCACCGUCAAUCAAAAUAGAAAAAAAAUCGACCCGAAUUCGCCGAUCAACACUGGCCCGCCUUUGAUAAAAUAAUCAUGUUCGGAGUUUAGUUGAUCCGAUAAUCCCCUGGGUUACUACCACUCACGCUAUGACUGGUACGUAAACGUUCAGCACAUCGAAGCGUGCAGCUAAUCGCGCCAGAGCAGCCUCUGAAACAAGGAGAAAUGGCGUCCGCGGACGUGGACAGCAGUCAAAGCGAGUUUCUGCAACCCGGCGGCGCCGCGGAAACACAGACGACAGAUAUGUCAGCCAUUCAGCUGACGAGCUCAGAUCGAUGGGAGGUGUUGACUCCCGUAUCGGCUGGGAAGGAAGACCAGGGAGUCGUUCACAUUCCAAACUCGGGGAUUAUCACGUCCAACGGGCAGUACGUGCUUCCUAUUGGGAGUAUUCCCAGCCAGCCCAUAUAUGUUACAGCAACCGGGAGUGAGGCUGCAGCAAAUGGAGUGUCGGGCAUUCAGUAUCAGGUCAUCCCUCAAAUCCAAAAUGCAGAUGGGACAAUUGCAGGAUUCCCCACGCAGGGUUUGGAUGACGGUACGGGGCAGAUUCAGCUACUCCAAGAUGGCAGCCAGGGCAGCAUUGGAAUCAGCUGUGCCACGACGGCAACCACAGAUCUCUUGACACAGGCGGGGCAGGUUCAGUCGAUCCAAGGCGUUUCGCUAGCUGGAGGUUCGGCGUACACGGGCACCAUGCCUGUAGGGCUUCCUGGCAACAUAACAUUCGUCCCUAUAAACAGUGUGGAUCUGGAGUCGCUGGGGCUGACCGGGGCUCAGACGGUCCCCAUCGCAACAGGAGUCACACCUGAAGGCCAGUUGAUAAUGAGCAGCCAGGCUCUCGACACCCAGAACCAGGACACCGGAGCCAAACAGUCGCUGGUCACUGUGAGUGACCCGAGCGCCAACCAAGAGCUCUACGUGCCAACAACCACUUCCUCUUCCAACUCCGCCCAGCUUCCUGAGACCAUCGACGGCACAGGAGUUCUCACCCAGGCGACUGCCGUGUCCGCAGGCGUGUCUGAUCUGUCGUCCUCGGAGAACUACAACUCCCACAACCACCUGCAGCAAAUCCAGGUGUCAUCCUCCAAUGCCACCACUAUCUCACAGCCCAUCUUGCAGCUGUCUGGGGACAGUCAGGCCCAGGUAGCCCAGGUGGCUCAGGGUCAGGACCUGACUGCAGGAGCAGGUCAGACUCUACAGAGCGUGCAGCUGGUCAACCCUGGGACCUUUCUCAUCCAGGCCCAAACUGUCACUGCUACUGGACAGAUCCAGUGGCAGACCUUCCAGGUUCAGGGUGUCCAGUCACUCCAAGGACUUCAGCUGCCCCAGGGUCAGGGCCAGGCCCAACAGUUGACUUUAGCCCCAGUCCAGACCCUUCCCCUGGGCCAGACAGGCCAGGUCAGCCUGCCCAACCUCCAAACAGUCACAGUUAACUCUAUAACACAAACUGGGGUCCAGUACUCGCAGGGAGAGGAUGCAAACAGUCCAGCAGGUAUCCAGAUAAAGGAAGAGCCAGACUCUGAGGAGUGGCAGCUGAGCGGGGAUUCCACGUUGAACCCCAGCGACUUGAACAACCUGCGUGUUCAGAUGGGAGACGAGGACAUGGAGACGCCGAGCGGGGAGGGCAAAAGGCUCCGCAGAGUCGCCUGCACCUGCCCCAACUGCAAAGAGUCUGGAGGAAGGGGUUCAGGUAUGGGGAAGAAGAAGCAGCACAUCUGCCACAUCGCCGGCUGCGGCAAGGUUUACGGGAAGACAUCCCACCUCCGAGCUCACCUGCGCUGGCACAGCGGCGAGAGACCCUUCGUCUGCAACUGGAUGUUCUGUGGGAAGAGAUUCACCAGGAGCGACGAGCUGCAGAGACACAGGAGGACGCACACAGGGGAGAAGAAGUUUGUGUGCUCAGAGUGCUCCAAGAGGUUCAUGCGGAGCGACCACCUGGCCAAGCACAUAAAGACUCACCAGAAUAAAAAAGGCGGGGUGCCCCCCUCCACGUCUCCGCCCACCUCCGACGCCAUCAUCAACACGGACGGAACAACGCUCAUCCUCCAGGCCACCAACGCGCACGACCUUGUAGCCAAUCAGGAGAUCCCCUUGCAGCUGGUCACAGUGGCGCCCAGCGAGGUCAUGGAAUGAGGGGGUGGGUGGGGGUUGAUGUGGUGAGGUGGCUUUUUGAGAACUGGCCUAUCAAAAGGGACCUCUUGGGCUUUUCUCUUCCCCUCUUCCCCCCCCUUUUUUUUUUCCUUGUUUUGUUUUUUUUUACAUAUGAAUAUAUACCUAAAUGUAUAUGACAAAUAUAUAUAUUUUAAGUAAGAGUUAUCUUGACUUUAUGUUUGUUUUUUGCAGUCUUUUUAUAGGCGGGCAAAAAGAAAUAACAUUAAAAUGUGUUUGCUAUGUACACACGCUCUCUCUCACACACACACACACACACACACACACA